CUUAAUCAUAUCUAAAAAUGGGUCAACAACAACAGGGAAGUCAACCUUCUCCAACCAAAGUCGAAAGAAAGAUUGUAGAGAAAAACAGGAGAAGCCAGAUGAAGAACCUCUAUUCCGAACUCAACUCUCUUCUCCCUACCCGUAAUCCCAAGGAAGCGAUGUCACUGCCUGAUCAAAUAGAUGAAGCAAUCAACUAUAUCAAAAGCCUAGAGACAAAAGUGAAGCUGGAGCAGGAGAAGAAAGAAAGGUUAAAGGAAAGGAAGAGAACUCGUGGUGGCUGUUCGAGUUCUUCUGAAGCACAAGGAAGCCUGAAAUCGCCAAAUAUCCAGAUUCACGAAACGGGAAAUUUGCUUGAAGUCAUUCUAACAUGUGGGGUCGAUAGCCAGUUCAUGUUCUGUGAAAUUAUUCGAAUUUUGCAUGAAGAGAACGUCGAGGUCAUCAAUGCCAAUUCUUCAAUGGUCGGAGAUUUAGUGAUUCAUGUUGUGCACGGGGAGGUUGAGCCAUCUAUCUAUCAAUUCGGAGCGACCAAAGUGAGUGAGAAGCUGAAAUGGUUUAUGAACGGAUCCUUCAGUGAUGUGGAAAUGGAGCCUGAAUUAAUGUGGAAUUUUAAAAUUGAUGCUACUGAGCCGUGGGGGCUUCUAGAUGAUCUUACACUGGACAAUGUCUUACCACCAAAUACUUUGUAAAUAUAAUUAAGAAGAAGCAUAUAUAUAUAUAUAUGUGCGCGCGCGCGCGUAUUAAUAUCUAGAUAUUUGGCGAUUUCAGGCUCUGAUAUAUUGUAAGAAUAAAGGUGCAUAACUGCAUAUAUAGCAGUAUUGGACAUAUAUAAUUAGUUUCCCAACAAAAUCGUAUCCACGACAUCCUUUUUUCCUCUGAU